AUCUAUCUUGUUUAUUCCACCAUUCAAUAUUCUGUCCCAAAUGCCUACGAUGCGCUGCCAAUAUCCCCCAUCUCGAGCAAAGAGCUCUGGCGAUGGAGACUUCUUCUUCUAUGUUGAAGGCGUAAGUUAUAUGCCUCCGUCGUCUUGUCAGAAUCUGACCUGGAGUGCANNGCUACCGCCAUACUAUACUUGGGGCAUGUUGAAGGAUCUCACCAGAAAAGCUGCUCCUUAUCCAGGAUGGACUGAGAUGGCCUCGAACCCACAAGGCAUGCANAAAGGCCGUGGCUGGAUUAAAAUCAAACGAGCCAAGGAUGCCUUCAACCUAUAUGAGUUGUUAGGUUUUCUGACGACUGGUUCACCUUGUCUGAAACCAUUGAAGGUCUACCUAUGGUCAACAGCUCGAUCACCCCCAGAAUUGCUGCGGUCCAACGACAUUCAACGCCCUAUGCAGCCAUUCUCACCCCCACAGCUUGGCACCCCCUUUUCUACUCCGAUGAGUACACUUGUGGGUAGCACACCUAUGAACACUCCCAUGAGCACACCUAUGAGUACGCCUAUACACAUGAGUCCGGUACUCCACCAAACACCUCCAUUCGGUUCGAAGAACAUGAGUCCGACCUAUGUAUACACCUCAAAUCACCGUCCCAUCAACGCCACAGGUGGACUCGUACGAGCCGAGUCAAAAGGUAUCUUUAUAAAUCAAUUGGACUAUGCCAUCGAUCAGCGGCAACUAGAGGAGUACCUGCGCAGAAUCGGUUCCUUCGACAGCUGCGAGAUCCGACGGGAUCCUGCUAGUGGACGAUCGCGCGGCACUGCAACAGCCAAGUUUGCAAGUGCAGAGGCGGCUGCCAGAGCAAUUCAGGUGCUGCACGGUCAGAAGAUCAUGAGCAAAACGAUCAGUGUGCGUUUCGAUACUGAAAAGGAAGCAGUCACAACAAAGAGCUCAGUCAAAAGUUAUCAUGGAGGGCUCAUCAUCGCUAAUGGCUCACAA